CUUUGGAACUGGCAGGCAGAAACGUUUAAGUCUGCUGAGGCUGUACCCAUAGCUGCCCCUUCCCCCAGGUGCUCUGUCCCAAGGAGAUGGAAGUUUUAUCUAUUAGCCUCUGACUGGGGCUGCUGCCUUUCUUUCAGAUGGCCUGCUCAGAGAGGAGAAAUCUAGAGAGUAAGACAUCAGUUUUCCAGUACAUAAUUCAAGGCUGCCAUGUCCCUCACCUGGAUCAAUAGAUUAGCUUCCUGCAUCCUUUUGACCCUUUUCUAAUUUCUUAUCUGUACUGUAGCAAGGCUGGCAUUUUGAAUUUCAAGCCUCAUCAUAUCAUUAUUCUUUAAAAAUAUUCAAUGGUUUGUCAUUUUAUUGAGUAAAGUUCAAAAAUUAUUGUUCCAGAGAAUCUAAGGUAAAGUUUUAAUUUCUGGACCCUAAUUUCUACACACCCAUUUCACAUCUGGCUUCUCUUCAUUUAGCUAUACAGGUGUUUUGUCAUCUCCUUGGUCCAAUCAUAUGCUUUCUGGCCAUACAAUCUGUUCUCUUUACUUGCCCCUCUCCCUCCCACCCCUCAUUCUCAAGACACUAUUCUCUUUCAGAGAAUUUACCAUAAUUGGGAUUUACUCAUAUAAUCCUUUGAUUAUUGUCUGUGUCCACCUGCCAGAUCAGAAAUGCGAAGAAGUCUUAAAGGGCUUGUGUUUCUCUUUUCCUUCACUAUUGCAUCUCUGUUGUAGUAAAGUGCUGGCACAUAACAGAAGCUCAACAAAUGAAGGCAUUGUCUCAACUAAUGCUUCAUAUCAACACUACCUCGGAAGUAUUUUAAUUCCUCAAUUUCCAUGUGCAGCCGGAGAGGUUGAUUUGAUUCAUCAACAUGCCCAGGACUGUACAGCUAGUAGAAGGAAGAACUUGGAACUGAAAGCAGGUCAUGCUGUUUUUACUCCACACUACAUUUUAGACCUCCCUGUUUCUUAAGCUUGGGGGUGGAUAACAGGAACCAUGUGACUCUCCUACUCCACCCCCUCCUUUUUUUGUUAUUAAAUUGUACUGGAAAGUUGGGCUUUCAGUGAUUGCAUUUGUUUCUGAACAUGCUUUUUUUUUGUUUUUGUUUUUUAGAAAAAUGAACUGACUAGUUUUUUAGAAUGAAAUGUGAUUAAGAGAAAAUAAUCUCUGAUGGACCCAUAACCAGGAACUCUGGAUAUUUUUGAUUAAGUGGAAGAAAAAUAUAGACUUUGGCAAUUGAGAAAAUCUUCAUUAAUAAAUAAAAGGAUUGUUCCAGAUAUGCUACAAAAUAAAUACAUUGAGAAGAUGUGAAAAGCAAAAUGGUUUAAUGCACAGACAAAAUUUUAGUGUCUCUAUUGGUAAUAAUCAGAAUAACUUGUUUGAUUAUACCAUUUUAAUUUAGCUGGACCACAGAAAAUGUUGGUAUUUGGCCAUUUGGGGCCAUGAAACAACAUUUUCUUUAUUUCCCAUCAGCCCAUUGAAAAGAGGCUGACUUUGGUUGAAUUUGCUGACAAGUGUGUUGGUUCUUCUUUCUUCCCCAUUUCUAUAUGUUUAUCUAUCUUCCAUGGGGAAGCUAUGGACUAGUUGGAGGUAAUCUGCUACUUGAUCAAAAAGGAUAAAGAAGUUCAUGAAACUUCAAUGACCUGUGUACUUAUAACUCUCUUUUAGAGAAAAUGGCCUGAAGCAGCAGCUUCUUGCAAACUUUUAUAUGACAUUUACUCACAUUGAGUGAAAACAGUGGGUUCAAUGGAUUGGACCAGAAAUCAGGAGGUAAAGUGUACUAGUGAGAAACAGAUGAGAAAUAAUGCAAAUUCAGAGAGAUGAUCUCAGUUUCUGAUUUUUCAGUUCCCAAUAUAUUUAUAAGAGGUCUGGGUGUAUUUUAUUUUUCACUUGUGAAUAUCUAUGAAGUUGUCCUUUAUAGUCUUCCAGUAAAAAUAUUUUUAUUUGCCCUUAUUUGGGAAAACUGUUUUCGUCACUGAAUAAACCCUGACCAGCACAAUAAUUAAAUGGGCGUAAUGUCAUGUAUAUAAUAUAAACUCUAAAGAUAACAAAAUACAUCUACUUAAAAAGAAAAAUGUUCUUUCUCUUGUGAAACUCAGGUUUCAGAAUGGAAGUAUAUUUUAUAUUGGCCAAUUGGACUGGCUGUGAAAGACCAGUAACCAAGCAAAAGUAGAUGUUGCUUUAAUGAGGUAUAAACUAUGUCUUGUUAAAUAGGUCUUAUCUUAGACAAGUAGUAUAAAUGUAUACCCAAACAUCAUUCAUUUGCAAUACAGAGGCAUUUAGAAGUGAUUCACAUGGAUUUUUCCUUUUAUUUUUGGAAAAGAUUAAGCUUCUGCUGUGUAUGGACCUGUGGCUACAUUGUGAAAUUUAGUUAUGAAGCUAUAAAAUCAAUUAGUCUAGACCUCAAAUCUUAUUUCCUAUGAAAAGCCUCAGACUUGUAGCUGUAUGAACAAAUGUUUUUGGCUUUUUUUUUUUUUUUUUUUUUUUUUGCGCUAGAACGGAGAGAACACACUGGAGAUCACAAAUGCAUUUAUUCUUUUUCACCAACUGUUUCAUUGGCCUUAAAAAAUACUGGGCUAAACUUAAGUGGUAAAGAUCUGAAAUAAAAAGAUUAAUCUUUAUGUCUGAACAGCAAGAGGAUUUUCAUAGGUCUGUAAUAUCUUGCAUUUCCUUAUCUAUGGAUAAGGAUAUCUGGAAUUGAUCUACAUUUUCUUUAGUAAUGUUUUCUCUGUUUAUUAAGAACAGAUAUCUUCAUCUCCUUCAUGCAUUAUCCUUUCUAACAGAUGUCAGUAGGAUCCAGAGCCAUUUUGGAACUUUACCAAGGAUUAAGGAUGAGCACAGAUCACAUCAAGAGUCUAAAUAUCAAUUUGGAGACUGUGUGCAGAUCAUAUUUGGAAGUGACCAAGACUGGAGGCAGGCACACCAGAGUUUUCUGUUAAAAACUGGUCCAUGCAAGAAAAGACGACUCCUGAAAUAAGACAGUGAUCAUUAGGAUGAAGAAGAAGAGAAGAUUUGAGGAAUACUUGGAAACAGAAUUUUCUGAAUUUACUGGUUGAAUUGAAUGUGAAGAGGAGACGAAUAAAGAAGAAAACAUUCUUAAAGAUGAUUACUCAUUUUCUGUCUUGCCUGAGUGUUUGAUCAAACGAGUGGCUAUACAGGAGGAACAGUUUAUUGUGAAAAUGAUGGGGUACCUCUACAGGACACCCAGAGAGGGAGGUUUAGAAUUGUACAUAUGGAUCUGGAGUUCUGCAGAGAGGUCCAAGCUAAAGAUAUGCUUCUGGAACUCAUCAGCAUAGAGGUGGUAGUUCAAGUCAGUAGAGAGGAAGAGACCUUUUAGGGACAUUGUGAAGAAAGAGAAAGGAGAGGAUGAGUAGAGAAGCUCCAACAUUUAGAGGGUGGGUGGGGGAAAAGGAGCCUGUGAAAAGUAUAGAAUAGAAUAAACCAUGUAGAUAGAAAGGAAUCCAGGAAUGAUUACAGUCAAUAAAACAAAGGGAGGUGAGAACGACCAGAAGGGAUGAGGAGCAGCUUCACAUUCGACAGAGAAGUGAAAAAGUCUGAAAAUAAUCUGGAUUUAGCAACAGAAUGACGAUUGACUUAACAUUUCUCUUCAGUUUAAUAACUUUUGUUCCUCAAGCUCCUGAUGGUGAUAGGGCUUAGUGUGGUUAGGGUUGGCUCAGGAGAGAGGUGUAAAUUCAGGGUUUGUACACCACUGCAAUAUUCACAAAAGAGGUGGUAUGGUAGAAUAGAUUUUUUUUCACCUUGAAAUAAAAUUACAAAAAUAAACCCUAUUUAAUGUCUUUCUCUGUUUGUGUACCCCACCCAAGGAAAUCAAGGGAUUUCUCGAUUAGAAGGAAUUGCCAUAGGAGUAAGAAUUUACUCCUUUCCACUUUCAGAGCCUCCUCUGAGCAUAAACUGUACAGCAAACAUUGGAUGAAUAAUGUGUAUUUUCAGUAUCAGAUGCUGUGGGUGUUCAAAUUAUGUGUUUGUAUAUCAGCUUUAAGAACAUAACUUCUACCACUCAAACCAAGUUAGAAUUGUGUUCUUGUGACACUGAGCAGUGAAUCAGAAAGAGAAAUUUUCAGUGCAUGAGCUUGAGUCAGAUAGGUCUGUGUUUGGACAUCACCUCACACUUUCUAGGGGAUCAUGGGAAAUUAAUUUAUUUUAGUUCCAAUUUCUUUGUAAGUGAAGUGGGAAUGAUGAUAUCUGCCUUGUAAGGUUUUCAUAAGUAUUUAAGGAGAUAAUGUACAUUCAGCCUUUAAACAGUUCUUUGCAAAUAAUCACUGCUCAAUAAAUGUUAACCAGUAUUAUUUUUAUUCUAAUUUUUAAAGUCAACCUUUCUUCUCUGCUUUGGGACACAUCCUUGAUUGCUGCUUUUCAGACAUUGCUCCCACACCUUGCCACACUCCACUCUUCUUAGGGUCCUCAGUCUUUCCUUUUUAAAUUCUUUCUUGUUACCAGUCAUGCCCAGGGAUCACUUGCCUUAAACAAAUCAACGUUUUUCUUUGGAUAUUGACGCCUAUUUAAUAAACUUAGAGUUUAUUUUUUCUUUUCAUGAUCAACUCUUACAAUGAGUAGUCUACACUUGCUCUCAGUUUUUUCAUUUCGUUUUAUUUGUAAACUUUGAAAUUAAAUCUUAGCCUACUGGAACAUAGACUCCUGAAAUGGCUCAUUGGUGACAUAUUGCUAGUGAAAAUAAAUGGCCUUUUAAAAUCUUCCACCUCUUGGAUCAUUCAGCUGCAUGUGAUUUUCUUGAGAACCUCGUCUUUGAAAAACUUCCUACUCUUCUGUUAUGUGUCACCACAACAUCCUCAAUCUUUUCUUCACGAGUCCCACUUUUCCCUCCCACACCGCAGUCAUUGGAGUUUCUCAAGGAUUAGUCCUUAGCUUUCUCUUCUCCUUUUCACACCAAUACCUUCACAGAUAUUUAUAGACUUAGAGUUUUUACCAUGCUCUUGAUGAUGAAAAGCGUCACAUCUACAUCUGUGUUCUGAACUUUUAACUUGUACUCAACCUCUGUAUCUCCAAAUAUGGGACCCCUAGAAUUCCUGUCAUUGUCUCAUUGUCUUCAGUAGAUAAGCUUGACUUUCACCCUUUUUUUGAGCUUGACGAUUUUUCAGUCAACAAAGACUUCUACCCUUCAAAAAAAUUAUUUUUAGGUGGUACCAUUUCAGAUUAGGAUCUGCCUUAAACUCUGUGAAAACCCUAUCAUCCCUAGCUUCUAUGUGCUUUGAGGUCAGCACCCACAUUUAUAUUUCUUGUGUGAAACUCAAGUACUUCACAAUUAACUACUGUGUCCACUUUGAAAAAAUGUCAGUGUUGUAAGUGAAAAACAAAAGAUAGGUAAACAUCAGAUUAGAAAUACUAUUAUACCCUACAGUGGUCUAAUACUUAUUUGGGAAUUUAUAUUGUCAGGCUAAAGUUUGUUUAAUAAUAUUAAUAGACAUAAUUAGAAGUGAGACUUAAGUGAUUAAAUAUUGAGGAUCAUAUAAAACAGACAUACUAAACAAAUGUUUUUUUCUUUUUUUUGGUUAAUUACUUGCCAUUUGAACUUAAUAUAAUUUAAUAUGUUUCUCCAUAACUCUGGUUAAGAAAUGAAUAGGAAAUUUUCAAUGGAAGUAUUAAACGGGAUAUUUAGCAAACACUUUAUGAGCCACAAUUUGAAGAAUGUUGUUAUUUCUCAAUUUAAUUACUUUCAUUAAAAUCCAGUAAAUUUGAUUUGUGCAGUUAACUAGAAAAAAGUGCUUGGGUAGUAAAUUCUGUGUUGAAGAAAUAUUUUGCUUUGUGUGGUAUUGAGCAAAGCUUUCUUAAACUUUCAUGUUUUUCAUUUGAAAAUAUUCAGGCUAAAUCUCAAACAAAUGGUAGAUUCGGUAAAGUCAAACAAAACACUUUUUGGAACAGAUCCACACAAAAAGGAAGCAAUUUUUCAUAGAUUUGAACAAAAUGACUAAAUUUCCCUUAUUCCUACUUAGUGUACAGCUCAAUCACAGUACAUAGAUUUGUUUUGUGUAUUUUCUGGUUAAGAAAUGACUUAAAUUCUAUUAUGGAUAGGGAUACUUAGUAGGCCUCUUCUGGUGGUCAAAUAAUAAUUUUGAUACUAUUUGGGGCUAUAUGUUAGUAUACUGAAAGUCCAGUUUGAAUUAUUUUCAACAGCUGAGUCACCGCAGUGAUUUUGCAAAUGACUUUUAUUUUUUUGCUUUGAUUUCUCUAUCACAAUUCAAAGAAAGAUUUUGAUUAGACACUAUACUAAAUUAUUUAAUAAUGAGAAAAAUUUGAAGUCAUUAACAAGAGAAAAGUUGAAAGCUAAUAAAGUUUAGCAAAAAUUUUGCCGAGAGAGAUGAGGGCCAGAUGUGACUGAGUUACAGCUGAGACAAGUCAACAGCAUCAAUGUUUUAUCCCAGUCUAUCCAAAAGAAAUGUGUCUCCAAGAUGCCAUAUUUCUGCCUCCAGGUAUCUGUUUUAUUUGAUGUUUUGCUACUGUGCUUUCAUUUCUUCACUCCUUUAUUCUAUCAAAAAUAUGUGUAUUACAAUUUGCAAUUGUAAAUAUUUGGAACCAGCCCGAAUGAUAUACCAUGGAAUACUACUCAGCAAUGAAAAGGAAUGAAAUAAUGGCAUUUGCAGCAGCCUGGAUGGAACUGGAGACU